GGGGGGACAGAGAGGGGAGAGAUAUUCCAUUCCUAUCUCACCGCGUGUCCGACUGGUUUCUCGUGGGUGCAGUCUGCUGGGUUCUCCGAGGCCUCCACGUUCGUCCCUGCGCUCUCUGCAUCCUCCCAGAGUUGUUGCACGCCCAGCCUGGAGCGUUCGGUUCACCGAGUGCUUUCUGCUCGCUGGUCCGCUGCGGAACUCUGUGCCGUAGACGCGUUUGUAGAGGACUGAGUUCACUGCGUUGUUAGGACUUACGUAGCUUCCGGUAAACGCUACGGCGCAUGGCGGAGUUAGGGCGUCGUGCACUGGAGACACCAGCAACCUCAAUCCGGAGAACUCAACGCUCUCCGCGCAGACCCCGGCUCCUCCGCCCGGCUUCCGGUGCCUCAGACCCUCCCCUUCUCAGUUCAGUGCAACCUGCUUGUGACUCCGCCACCAGAGCACGUCCCGUAGGCAAUACAGUGUCGAUGAAGCAGAAGAAGAAGAAAAUCCCGAAUAGGGUUUCUGGGACAAAUGGAGACGAAAAGACCUCCGAGAAACCUGUUCCAGAGGAAGCUCCCCCCAGUGCUGAGGCCCAGGCUGAGCAGCUGGCGAGGGAGCUGGCCUGGUGUGUGGAACAGCUGGAGCUGGGUCUCAAGACGCAGAGACCCACCCCGAAGCAGAAAGAGCAGGCAGUUGGGGCAAUCCGAACCUUGCGCAGUGAGAAAACCCCCUUGCCCCGGAAGAGACAACUGAUGCGCUCCUUGUUUGGGGACUACAGGGCUCAAAUGGAUGCAGAAUGGCAGGAAGCCCUGAAGGCCCUAAGGACUGCUACCCAGUCAGCCCGGGUCCAGCUUGUAGGCGAGACGGCCAGAAAGAAGAGCGGAAAGGUCUGCAGGCCUCGUCCAGCGGGAAGAACCAAGGCCACUGUGGACUUUACUAAUGAAGAGUUUCGGUUCAAUUUCUUUUAGAUUCUCCUGCAUUCUGAACUAGUCCUCCUCCUCCAGCGUGGUGUGGGGAUUUGUCUUGAGUGCAGGAUCCGGCUAGGAAUUGCGGAAGUGGGAUUGGUUUGUCCCUAUCUGGUAUAAGGACACAAAGCUGCUGGCUGGUGUGAGACUACCAUAUGGGAACUUUUGGAGGAGAUGUUCCUCCGGUCAGAAGAGAGAUGCAUUUGGGAACUCUUCUGUGAUAAGCCUUCUUGUUGGGUGGGUUGUAGAAAGAAAUGGUCCUCCAGUCACUGGGAGUAGCAGUUGGCGAUGAGGAACUGAAGAAGCUGUGUAAUUACUUAUACAUAGUGCUCACUUUUGAAAGGAUGCCCUGGCCAUUGGCUUAGUGCUUUAUCUAUUGUUAUAGCACCCUAAUAAAUAUUUUUUUCUACACACAAAUACUUUAUUAAUGCAAUAUACACAAACUAUAAAGGAAUAAGAAGUUAAAAUAUCUGCAUUGUAACAAGCAGGUGGCAGUUGAACAUCUAGAGUGGAGAGAAGGCUGGAAGAAGACUGCAGUGGAUCGGAUUCCCAUGGUAGAAAGGGUGUCUUCAGAGGUGAAGGGGGUCCGGGUGCAGCAGCUUCUCAACCACGGUUUCCUCAUUCAGGCUCAAGAGAGGCACUCCAUUCAAGAGGAGAUGUGUAAUCUGGUGCUCCUCAGGCAGGUCAGAACUCAAAAUCUAGAGGACUGAAGGGGAAGAACUUUUUUAUUUCUGGGUAGUGUCAUCAGAAGCAGGAACAGAGCUUUGUGCCUUAGGCUUCUCGGUGAUCUUUAGUGCUGAAGCAUGUGCACUGUGUCUUCUUCAUGUCCCCCACACACCUUCUUCACAGUUGAAGUUGGCGGUUUUUGUUGACCGACUUUUCUAUAACCCUGUUGACAGUUCCCAAAGCCUUUCUGCUGGCUUUAGACAAGGCUGGAGCAUUGAACACUUUGCCAACUUGUGGUACUGAGAACUGCAAUUUCCCAUCUAAGGCCUCGACACCAGAGCCCAGCUUCAGCCAAUCCUUAGAUGCCAAAGGGCUGCCUCGUUCUUCAUUAUCCUUCUCAACAAAGAAAGACCAGACUAGCCAUCCUGGAUUACUCUGCGACACCCUAACAGCCAGACUCACCCAAGACUGCACCCAAUAAAUAUUUUUUUAAAGAAAUGA